AAAAUCCCAAAACAAAAACGCCGAUCCAUUUCAAAUUUCGAAGUCACUUGUCAGAAUCAACAGUUCAAUAAGCAGUUAUUUUCUAUUUUUUACUGCUGUGUUUUAUGUUACGCAGUUUAUCGGCGAGAGUAUAUUUUCAACUUCCCAAGCAGAUUAUUUCUCGAACGGCAGUGAUGGAGUACACACUGAGCGAAGGUACCAAGGGCGACAAGGAACCCUUGCAGCGUGAAGAUCCCGUUACAGAUCCAGCCAAGUUUGGCGUGCAUCCGCUGCCUCCGGAAUCCAUCGCCAGUACCCAAACUGGCGACAAGGUAACCGAUAUGCAGUCCACAUCAAUGGAGGAGAAACAUCGGACGCAGCAAAGUAAACCUUACUGAAGCCUCUGAACGAAGAGAUAUGCUUGGUGGAAUUUUGUUUUUUGUUCCCAAAUUGACUGUUUUAGUGGAUUAAUUCUCAUAACAGCAUAGUAUGUAAGCGAAUGAUGUUUUUAGUAGCUUUUUGGUUAAUUGGAGAGAUGUGAUGAUCUUCGUACUGGAUCCAUUGCAGUUGCCGUUUGUUGUUUAUUAACUCGUUUUCUAACGACGUGAACCAUCGACGAAUUUCAACAAAACACUGGAAAUAUA